AUGGAAUAUGGCACAUUGAACUCAUGCCGAGUCAUUUGGGACUCGCCGAAUGCUCGGCUAUCACUGUGUGCAAUUGAGUAUUCUACUCUGAUCCCAGCAGUCGUAAUUUCCUGUGCUUGGUUGAGCUAUGUGCUUCGAUUGCUGCCCAUCGUUCGUCGCCCAAAAUGGACUCGGCCUUUUGUACAGGAGUUACCUCCAUGCCCAGACCUACCACUAGAACACACGAAGCACCGUCUGGGCUGGGUCAUCGCUCUUUUGGCCAUCUCAGUAAUCGGAUUUGCUGCUGAACUUUUAAAGCUUGUGCUAAAUGGGUUGAAUAUGGCCAACUGGGCUCUUUUUGCUUCUUGGACUGGGAGCGUGAUCCUUACGGCCAUCGAGCGCCCGAGGACAGCACCGAAAUUGCUUUUUACUUUCUUCCUAGCCGCAGGGAUCACGGAGUUUUCCUUUAUUGUUAACCGCAAUGCUUAUGCAGUAUCCAACCUGUUUACCUUUAAGCUUGCGGCAGCGGCUUCCCUGUUGGGUUGCACAGUUACGCUUGCAAUGCCGCUUCGUCCAGCUUUGUUACCCUGUAUUGAUAUAAGUGCAGUGGGACAGAAACCAUCCAGCGAAUUUCGAAGUCCGGAAGACAACCUGCGGCUCUGGCAGUUUUUCACCGUGUCUUGGAUGGCGCCACUAAUGACCAUGGGCAAGCAACGCCAGCUAGAUGAGGAUGAUAUCUGGUAUCUCCCUUUUGAAUUUCAACACAAGAGGCUCCAUGAGAAGUUCCACCAGCUUCGAGGAAGCGUCAUUGGCCGCCUACUUCGGGCCAAUGGUAUAGAUAUUCUUAUUAUCAGCACAAUUUCAAUAGUGCAGAUGAUAUGUGAAUUUUCGACGCCCCUUCUCCUCCAGCAGCUCCUGCAGGCAAUGAAAGCCGAGAACCGGUCUAACCGUGUUGCAUUAGUUUAUGCGAUGUUGUCACUGGUUCUUCGUCUGAUUGCUGCACAAUCUCAGGUAUUUAACCUCUGGUACGGAAGAAGAUGUUAUGAGCGCAGCCGUGGUGAGAUGAUGAUGAUGGUAUACGAGAAAGCGCUUGUGAGGAAAAAUUUGUUCGAACAGGGCGCGGAUGAUAAGUCUGCAGAAGGCGAACAGCAAGAAGGGGAAGAUCCAAAUAAGUCUUCGAAGAAAUCGUGGUUAUGGAGUUUAUUAACUCUGUGGCGAUCUCCCCGUAAAGAGAAGUCUAAAGCCCCCGUUUCAAUGGGGAAGAUCUUUAACUUACUUCGAGGUGAUGUAUACGAGGUUGCCCAACGUUUCUGGGAGGUUGACUCCUUAAUCAAUAAGCCCCUGGGCUUGGUGAUUGCUGUGGUUCUUGUAUGGAAAGUUUUGGGACCGUCCUGCUUCCUUGGGGUUCUAGUGGUUGUGGUUGCACAGGCAGUCAAUGCACUUAUCACACGCACACUCCUACGGUGGGAGAGAGUGCGAAGAGCCGCAACGGAUGCUAGGCUUCAGGUCUCUUCUCAAUUUGUGGAGGCACUCCGCCAUCUCCGAUGGUACGGCUGGCAAAACCACUGGCUCGGCCAAGUCAUGGACGCUCGAGAAUCCGAGUUGAGGUUUCGUGUGAUUACGAGACUAUGGAGUCUUGCUAUAUCUUUCGUCAAUGUUCUCGCCAGCGGCCUGUUUCCUGUCGUGGCUCUCUACUCCUAUACGCUUUUGGCUGGACACCCAUUGAGUAUCGACGUUAUAUUCCCCGCACUACAACUCUUCACUAUGUUGGAGGCCCGCCUGCGAGAUAUACCUAGUUUGAUUACAGUUUUGAUCAACGCUUCAAUUGCCAUGGAGCGUAUACAGGAUUUCAUGACCGAGCCUGAUAAAGAAAGCAGGGCCAUUGCAUCCUCUGAAGAUGCCGCACCACUUCGGCUGGAGGCAUGCUCUUUUGCUUGGCCUGGAAAAUGUUCUCCAGUUCUCUCAGACAUCGAUCUGAGCAUUUCUCCGGGUCUCACUGUUGUCCAUGGCAAGGUUGGGGCUGGAAAGACUGCUCUCCUUCAAAGUCUUUUGGGUGAACUAGAUAAAAUUCAAGGCACUUCUUAUAUAUCAAGUGAAAUGAUGGGAUACUGUGCCCAGACACCAUGGCUACAGAGCAUGAGCAUUCGAGACAAUAUCCUUUUCUCCACCCCAUAUGAUGAACAGCGGUAUAAGCGAGUCUUGGAUGUUUGCGCAUUACUCCCAGAUCUCUCCCAUUUUAAACAUGGUGACCUGUCCUUCGUGGGAGAGAACGGAAUUGGUCUUUCUGGUGGGCAGAAAGCACGCGUUGCUCUAGCGAGAGCAGUCUAUAGCACGGCUAGGAUACUACUUUUGGAUGACCCAUUGUCAGCAUUGGACCACAACACGGCCGAAACAAUUGUCCGCAGGUGUUUGACGGGCCCUCUUAUGGACGGUCGUGUUGUUGUUCUUGUUACACAUCGCAUUCACCUUGUUCGACACCUUGCCGAUCAAAUUGUGCACAUCCAGGAUGGCCGGGCAGCGCUCGAGUCGCCGGCGUCCUUGGAAGAUAUGGACGACGAAACUGAAGGCUCAAAUGAUGCCGAUGCAGCGGAUGAGACGGAGCUCGAAGACCACUCCGCCGCCGUGCCGUCCAAGUUUAUCGAGGAAGAGCACCGAGCGGAAUGGGGCGUGAAAGCUGCAGUGUACUGGAACUACAUUAAGGCCGGGAAGUACAAAUGGUGGUGGGCGCUGAUAAUCGUUAUGUCGAUUUAUCGUUUGAUGUCAGUUGGACAGUCCUGGUUUCUCAAGGAAUGGGGAGAGGCAUACAACGAAGUUGCAAACGUGCUAGGGCAUUCUGUCUCAGAAAAGGCUGCCUUUGGACAAUGGACAGCAUUCUCAGCACAACCAAGACCACUCUUGUGGACUCCAACAGACCCUUUCGACAAGCUCCCUGCGCCAAUUGAGAAUGUGCGGCCAUGGCUGUUGGUUUUUCUCGGAAUCACUAUGUUCACAGCUAUUACAAUGCUUGUUGCUCAGCUGUUUAUGCUUACCAUUGUCUAUUGUGCGGGCCAAAAGCUCUUUCAAGAGGUCAUGAUAGGUGUUAGCCAUGCUACCUUCCGGUUUUUUGAUGUCACUCCUGUUGGGCGAUUGAUGAACCGAUUGACAUCCGAUAUUGGGGUGGUGGAUGGUGAUAUCAGCCAACAAUUCCAACUCAUCGCGUUCCUAAUUAUCACCUGGAUAUCGUCGGUCCUCGUUAUCGCUUCGGUGACACCGGUAUUCUUAGCCUUCACGAUCCUCCUCACUGCAUCAUUCGUCUUCACAUUCCUUCAAUUCCUGCCAACCUCUCAAAGCCUUCGCCGACUUGAAAUGGUCUCCCUGAGCCCUUUAAUAUCCAAUUUCGGCGAGCUCCUCCACGGACUCACCACCGUCCGCGCAUUCCACGCAGAACCUCGCUUCCAAGACCGAGUCAUCGCAGUGGUUGAUAAAUUCCAAGGAAUGGACCACUUCUACUGGUCCCUCCAAAGCUGGCUGUCUUACCGCUUCGAGAGCCUCUCUGCCCUUUCUACCUUCGUCCUUACAGCCCUAGCCCUCUACACUGACGUGACACCCGGUCUCGCUGCCUUUGCAUUGAUAGCAGCAAACAGCUUCGUCAGCGCGACCCACGGUCUCUGCCGCCAAUAUGGGCAGCUCCAAAUGGAUUUCGUUUCCGUCGAGCGCAUUGACGAGCUUCUCCACGUCGACCAAGAACCACCCGGCGCAAUCACCCCACCAGCGUCGUGGCCGAAAUUCGGCGCCGACAUCGUCUUCGAGGACGUCGAGAUCCGCUACGCACCGCAUCUAGACCCAUCCCUAUCCAACAUCAACCUACGUAUUCCUGGCGGCUCUACAACAGCCCUGAUCGGCCGCACCGGCAGCGGUAAAUCCACCCUGGCUGUCUCCCUUCUCGCCGCCGUAACCCCAUCCUCAGGCCGAAUCCUUAUAGACAACAUCGACAUAGCAGCUGUCGAAAAACAAUCUCUCCGCACGCGUGUAACAUUCGUUGCGCAAGACCCCGUUUUAUUCCCCGGAAGCAUACGCAAGAACCUCGAUCCGGUUUCCGAAUACAGCGACACCGAGUGCUCAGCCGUCUUAUCCCGUAUCUGCAGCCGGCGUGGAUGGACACUCGAGACCCAUGUUGAAGCUGGAGGCCGCAACCUAAGCCAGGGCGAGAGACAGCUUAUUGGGCUUGCGCGUGCCGUGCUGCGGCGCAGCUCGAUUGUGAUUCUGGAUGAGGCGACGGCGUCGAUUGAUCAUGAGAGUUCGUUGGAGAUUCAGCAAGUAUUGCGGGAGGAGAUGAGGGAGUCGACUGUUGUGACUAUUGCGCAUCGGUUGGAAGCGAUUAAGGAUGCAGAUUAUUAUAUUGAGUUGGAUGGGGGUAAGGUUGCGCGCUAUGGGUAUGUAAGUGAUAUGUGA